AUGCGAGUUAGUCAAUUAGAUACUGAUUUGUUGGAUAUUGAACUCUUUGAUAUUCUUAAAGAGCAAUUAUGGCAGAUUUUUACUCUUUUUAAGCCUAACUUUAGAGUGACUUUUGAACCGGAAUUACUCGCUUUAUUACAAUUUAUUAUGUAUCGCCUCUCUAUUUAUGAGUCUGGAGCUUCUUACGGUGCACAAUUACAAAAUUUAAAAUAUCGAAAUGAAAGAAAACAUGGAGGAUUGUUACAAUCAACCGCGAAAGAUGCACCUCUUACGAAAUUUCAAAAAUACGCAUUUGGAAUUAUGACAAUUGGAGGUCAAUAUGUUUGGAUGCGUAUUAAUCAAAUAGUGACAGCUCAAGGUUGGGGUGAAUUGGAAGAUGUAGAAGAUGGAAGUUGGGGAUGUUUGAGAUGUGGAGAGGUGGUGAAAGAAAUUACUCGAGUUUUUGAGAAGGUGGUUGAUGAGGAAGUAGAAACUUCUAAGGAUAUUAGAAAUAAUAAAGGUAAUAAAACAAAGCAACCAGUCAGGUAA